CUUCAGCCCCACCAUCCGCUCACCUAUGCCCACAGGACCAUGGGUAGUGUCAGUAGCCUCAUCAACGGCAACAGCCCCAACAGCAAACACUGCAAGGCGUCUGAGUAUAGUUUAAAAAAGGGAACAAACCAUCAUAGAAAGAGUGGAGGUUGCAGCCUUGAUGGGUUACUGAAGUGUGGCUUCACUCAGGACUCCUCGUCCUCCACUUAUCCCUCUAAAGGUCUCACCCACUCCCGGUCAGGACGAAGUGAAGAUUUUUUUUACAUCAAAGUGAGCCAUAAACCAAGGUCAGUGUAUCACAGAGAAGGAUCAAUGGCCGACCGAAGGAACAGAGAUGGGGAAUCAGAUGGGCGAAAGCAACCAAAGCUACUGCUCAUGUCAGGGAAAAUGACUCAGAGGACCUCUGCUGAGAAGUCACUGGUCCGUUCCACUGCCUUCAAGCCUGUGAUUCCCAGGAGUACGUCCUCCACAGAGACGGGCCAGAGAAGCCUGGACCACAUCCUUUUUCCUCUGGAGAAAGCAAGGAAUCCAGACAUUAGACAAAAGCGAGACACCUUCUCAGGGACUCUCUCAGACUCCGGACGUAACUCUAUGUCUAGCCUGCCCACCCACAGCACCAGCGGCAGCCUAAGUGCCUCCACAGGUCCUGUCAGUCACAGUGAUGGCAGCUCAGCUACCGCAAACAGUCUCAGUAAGAGAGUACAACCGAGUUUGCCUUCAUGGGUCCACGGGAAUAGCGCUAACCUUGACAGUAGCUACAGGGCUGUUUUAAACAGCAGUGGCCUGGCAUCUAAGGCUAAUGGGGAUGCUGGCUCCCCACUUUGUGCAGAUGAGCCAAGCCCUCUCUCUGAAACUGCAGGUGGGAUUCGGUCCCCCAUUACUACAGAUGAGUCACUGAUUGAAUGUUUGGAACAAAGGCUGCUGGAGAGAGAGACUGAACUGCAGGAGCUACAGGUAAGUUUUGAGGAGAAGGAAGCAGACACCUGCCAGCUGUUUGAGGAAAAACAAAAGUACUGUGCUGAAGAAAUGGAAGGGCUGAAGCAGCGAUGCUCCGCAAAGCUACAACAAGCGUCCCAAAUGGCUGCAAAAACCCAGCAAGCACUCCAGCUGCAGGCAGAGAAGGAGAGACUUCAGGAGGAUGUCUCAAAGUUAACCCGAGAGAAGGCUCUUGUCGAGCUCAGACUGAGGUCUUACGAGACUGAGAGCACACAUUUGGCUCCGACACUUGAGGAAACUCAAUGGGAGGUGUGCCAAAAAACAGGCGAGAUCUCACUGUUGAAGCAGCAACUGAGAGAUAGCCAAGUGGACAUCAGCCACAAGCUAAACGAGAUAGUCAGCCUCAGGGCAUCACUGAAGGAAAACACAGCAAAGAUGGAGAUGCUCGAGAAAAAGAAUAAAGACCAUGAAGACAAACUCCACUCCUGCACUGUAGAGCUUGAGGUCUGCCAAAAUGAACUCCAGCGCAAGAAGAAUGAGGCUGAUUUGCUGAGAGAGAAAGUGGGCAAACUGGAGAAAGACAUUCAGGGAAUGAAACAGGAUCUGGCCACGGCCAAAGAGCAGAGGGUGCAGCACAGUUUUCAACUUGAGGCCAAUGCCCAGACUCAGGCCUUGGAAGGGCUAAGCCAAGGCUUAGAUUCCCCCACCCACGGCCAGGGGGAGGUGAACAGGGAACACAUCUACACAGAAUCACUCCAGAGACAAAUAGAGAGACUGAGGCGACAGCUCAGGGAGGAGAAGGAUGCUCAAGAGAGGCUGGCCAACAGCUUUGAGCAGGAGAGGCAGACAUGGAACAAGGAGAAAGACAGGGUCCUCAAGUACCAGAAGCAGCUCCAGAUGAACUACCUGCAGAUGCACAAGAAGAACAAGGACCUGGAGAGGAUCUUGAAGGAGCUGACCACUGAACUGGAGAGCCGGACAGAGUUAGGCAUGGACAUGACCUACAGCUCAGGGUUACAAACAUAUGAGGACGUUAUUGCCACAGAGAUUUGAAUGGAGCACUCACUCACAUGCAUUUGAUAAAAGUGAUACUGUCACUUGACUGUUAUUUUACCUCAGAUAUUUAUGUGUUUCAAUGUCACAUGCAACAUCACAGCAACUGGAGCUCAUUCCCUGCUCAUUAGUGUUUUACGAGGGUUAUUUAAUAGAAUAUGCAUAAUCUAGUGUGCUUUGAGGCCAGCACAAAAAACAGUAAGAUUAUACCUAGCUUUUUGUGAUGACACUGGUACCAUUUGUAAGUGCUAAAUUAUUUAAUGUUCAAAUGAGAUUAUGUCUUAUUUUUUUACCAUGUUGUCUAACAGGAUCACUCAUCGUUCUAAUCAUGCACAAUUUUGUCAUUUAAACACAAUUUAGUAGUUGUUAAUUGAUACAGGUUAGACAAUAGCUUACUCAUCUGUUUCAUGGUUAAUGUCUGAUGGUAACACAUGAUAAGCAUGAUUGUGGUUGAACAUCUGUCUCUGCAGUCCCUUCAAAUAGUGAUAUAUCAUCUGUUGUGAGCCUGGGUUCCUGAAAUUUAAUUUACUUGGCCUUGUGUAUCCAUUUUACUGUAUGUUCCCACACUGUCCAUUCUUAAGGGGUUUGUGCAUGGAAAAUUAUUUUUAAACCAUUUUAUGAGUCAUUUCAAAACAAUACACAGGUUUUAUGAUGUGAUAU